UUUUUCUUUUUAUUUAUUUAUUUUUUUGCGCAGCGUGUUUUUGGUUGUUUUAUUCGCGUCCGAGUCAGCGCCGUGCGGCUUUCCAGGCAACAUAAGUUAGGUGGAGCGCUUUGAUACCACCGUUUAAUUCGGCUUCAGGAGACUUUAGAGCGACAGCAAAGACGAGUUGAGGACACGCUGCUCCUUCCGAGCGCGAUGGACAACAAACCUCUUCUUCACGACGGACCCCCCGCCUACAACGCUGUCCCAGGGGCGCAGGAGUACGGCCCGCAGCAGCACGGCUACGGGGCCAUCCCCCCUUCGGCCCCGCCGCCCUACCCGUACCCCGGAGGCCCAGG